ACGGGAAGGAGACCCUGUUGCUCCUGCCUCCCCGCGAUGGCGCCGCCGUGCCGCGCCCAGUUUCCCGUCUGCGGGCCAGUACCCACUGCUCUCUGGAGCUCUCUCAGACUGUGAAAGGGGGCGGGUCCGAGGAAGCGGCGGGACGCUGCCAGCCACCCGGACCAUGAGGAGCGGCCAGACCUUUGGGGCCGAGAGCGGGAGCAGCCGCGGCACCUGCUGAGAGGAAGGAGGGAGCGGCCCCGUGCGGCGGCGCGGCUGGAGCGCGGCGGAGGCUCGCUGGCGCCUCGGCCAUGUCGCUGCUCUGUGUGCGCGUUAAAAGAGCCAAAUUCCAGGGUUCACCAGAUAAAUUUAACACAUACGUGACCCUGAAAGUACAGAAUGUGAAGAGCACAACUGUAGCGGUUCGAGGGGAUCAACCUUCCUGGGAACAAGAUUUCAUGUUUGAGAUUAGUCGCCUGGACCUGGGUCUAAGUGUGGAAGUAUGGAACAAAGGACUGAUCUGGGACACCAUGGUGGGGACUGUGUGGAUUGCACUGAAGACUAUUCGUCAGUCAGAUGAGGAAGGGCCUGGGGAGUGGUCCACAUUGGAAGCAGAGACAUUAAUGAAAGAUGACGAGGUCUGUGGAACUAAAAACCCAACCCCCCAUAAAAUUUUGCUUGAUGCAAGAUUUGAAUUGCCUUUUGAUAUCCCAGAGGAGGAAGCCAGAUAUUGGACCUACAAAUUGGAGCAAAUCAAUGCUUUGGGGACUGACAAUGAGUAUUCUAUUCAAGAAGAAAGCCAGAGGAAGUCAUUGCCCACUGCUGCUGCCCAGUGUUGUCACUGGACCUAUUGGGGCUGGGGAGAACAUCAGACUUUUGAAGACCCUGAUAGUGCCGUCGAUGAUCGAGAUAGUGACUAUCGCAGUGAGACUAGCAAUAGCAUCCCGCCUUCUUACCAUACUACUUCCCAGCCCAAUACUUCUGUGCACCAGUUCCCUGUUCCUGUUCGCUUGCCACAGCAGCUGCUACUUCAGGGCAGUUCCCGGGAAUCUUGCAAUGACUCUAUGCAAAGUUAUGACCUCGAUUAUCCGGAUCGGAGGACCCUCAGCCCCACCAGCAGUAGUAGGUAUGGCUCUUCUUGUAAUGUGAGUCAAGGAAGCUCUCAGCUGAGUGAACUAGACCAGUAUCAUGAACAAGAUGACGAUCAUCGGGAGAGGGACUCAAUUCAUUCCUGCCACAGCUCUGGCAGCUUCUCCAGAGAUGGCCAAGCAGAUUUUGGAGAACAAGAGAAAGCCUCAGAGGUGACAGAUGAAACAGAGAAGAGAGCAUGUGAGCCUAAGGAGAUUAAAGAAGAUACCACAUCCCAUCCUCCCCCAGAUCUGGUGCUACACAAAGACCAUGUCCUAGGCCUCCAGGAGAGUUUUCCUGAAAAGAAUGCAGUUUCACCAGUUACCCAUGCCAGAGCACACUGGAUUCGAGCAGUUACCAAGGUUCGACUCCAGCUGCAAGAGAUUUCAGAUGAUGGUGACCCAUCUCUGCCCCAGUGGCUCCCUGAAGGGCCAGCUGGAGGGCUCUAUGGCAUUGACAGCAUGCCAGAUCUACGCAGAAAGAAGCCACUGCCACUUGUCAGUGAUCUGUCAUUGGUCCAGUCCCGGAAGGCAGGGAUUACUUCUGCAUUGGCUACCCGUACCUCUCUCAAAGAUGAAGAGCUGAAAUCCCAUGUAUAUAAGAAAACCUUGCAGGCCUUAAUCUACCCCAUCUCGUCUACCACACCCCACAAAUUUGAGGUGUGGACGGCCACUACCCCCACCUACUGUUAUGAAUGUGAGGGCCUGCUCUGGGGCAUUGCCCGGCAGGGCAUGCGCUGCAGCGAGUGUGGAGUCAAGUGCCAUGAGAAGUGCCAAGACCUGCUCAAUGCCGACUGCCUGCAACGGGCUGCAGAAAAGAGCUCUAAACAUGGAGCCGAGGACCGGACCCAGAACAUUAUCAUGGCCAUGAAGGACCGCAUGAAGAUCAGAGAGCGGAAUAAGCCAGAGAUCUUUGAAGUUAUCCGGGAUGUCUUUACUGUGAGCAAAGUUGCCCAUGUGCAGCAGAUGAAAACAGUGAAGCAAAGUGUACUGGAUGGCACCUCCAAAUGGUCGGCCAAGAUUACCAUCACUGUGGUGUGUGCCCAGGGCCUACAAGCGAAGGACAAGACAGGAUCCAGUGACCCUUAUGUGACGGUACAAGUGGGCAAAACCAAGAAGCGUACCAAGACCAUUUUUGGAAACCUGAAUCCUGUUUGGGAGGAAAAGUUUCAUUUUGAGUGCCACAACUCCUCUGACCGCAUUAAGGUACGUGUGUGGGAUGAGGAUGAUGACAUCAAAUCAAGAGUAAAGCAGAGGCUAAAGCGAGAGUCAGAUGAUUUCCUUGGCCAAACCAUUAUCGAGGUUCGGACAUUGAGUGGCGAGAUGGAUGUCUGGUACAACUUGGAAAAGAGAACAGACAAAUCAGCCGUCUCAGGGGCUAUCCGACUACAAAUCAGUGUGGAGAUCAAGGGAGAGGAGAAAGUAGCCCCGUAUCAUGUGCAGUAUACAUGUCUCCAUGAGAACCUUUUUCAUUACCUCACAGACAUUCAGAGCAGUGGAGGAGUCCAGAUCCCUGAAGCUCGAGGAGACGAUGCGUGGAAGGUGUACUUUGAUGAGACAGCUCAAGAAAUUGUGGAUGAAUUUGCCAUGCGCUAUGGCAUUGAGUCCAUAUAUCAGGCCAUGACGCACUUUGCAUGUCUGUCCUCCAAGUACAUGUGUCCUGGUGUGCCAGCAGUGAUGAGCACCUUACUGGCCAACAUCAAUGCCUACUAUGCCCACAUAACUGCCUCUACCAAUGUCUCUGCAUCUGAUCGCUUUGCAGCCUCCAACUUUGGGAAAGAGAGAUUUGUAAAACUGCUUGAUCAGCUCCACAACUCACUGAGGAUUGACCUCUCCACAUACAGGAACAAUUUCCCUCCUGGGAGCCCUGAGCGGCUUCAGGACUUGAAAUCCACAGUGGAUUUGCUGACCAGCAUUACUUUCUUCAGAAUGAAGGUGCAAGAGCUUCAGAGCCCACCAAGAGCCAGCCAGGUGGUAAAGGAUUGUGUGAAGGCCUGUUUGAACUCCACAUAUGAGUAUAUCUUCAACAAUUGCCAUGACUUAUACAGCCGCCAGUAUCAGCUGAAGCAGGAGCUACCUCCAGAGGAACAAGGGCCUAGCAUUCGAAACCUGGAUUUCUGGCCCAAACUCAUCACGCUUAUUGUGUCAAUCAUAGAGGAAGACAAGAAUUCCUACACACCUGUUCUGAACCAGUUUCCUCAGGAGUUGAAUGUGGGAAAAGUCAGCGCAGAAGUGAUGUGGCACCUGUUUGCCCAAGACAUGAAAUAUGCUCUGGAGGAGCAUGAGAAAGACCGGCUGUGUAAGAGUGCUGACUACAUGAACCUGCACUUCAAGGUGAAGUGGCUCCACAAUGAAUACAUGCGGGAUCUGCCUGUCCUCCGGGGCCAGGUGCCUGAGUACCCAGCGUGGUUUGAGCAGUUUGUGCUGCAGUGGCUGGAUGAGAAUGAAGAUGUGUCCCUGGAAUUCCUGCGUGGAGCUCUGGAACGAGAUAAGAAGGAUGGGUUCCAGCAGACAUCAGAGCAUGCACUCUUUUCCUGCUCUGUGGUGGACGUCUUCACACAGCUCAACCAGAGCUUUGAGAUCAUCCGCAAGCUGGAAUGCCCAGAUCCCAACAUCCUUGCUCACUACAUGAGGAGAUUUACUAAGACCAUCGGGAAGGUGCUGAUGCAGUAUGCAGACAUCUUAUCAAAGAACUUCCCAGCUUAUUGCAUGAAGGAGAAAUUGCCCUGCAUCCUGAUGAACAACAUGCAACAACUGAGGGUCCAGCUGGAGAAAAUGUUUGAGGCCAUGGGAGGAAAGGAGUUGGACUCUGAAGCUGCAGACAGUCUGAAGGAGCUGCAGGUGAAGUUGAAUACUGUUCUGGAUGAGCUCAGCAUGGUAUUUGGAAACAGUUUCCAGGUGCGGAUCGAAGAGUGUGUUCGACAAAUGGCUGACAUCCUGGGCCAGGUUCGGGGACCAGGAAAUGCAUCCCCCAACACCAGGGCCUCAGUUGCUCAAGAUGCAGAUAGUGUGCUGCGGCCUCUCAUGGACUUCCUGGAUGGCAACCUUACACUCUUUGCCACUGUGUGUGAGAAGACAGUUCUGAAGCGUGUACUGAAGGAGCUAUGGCGGGUGGUAAUGAACACAAUGGAAAGAAUGAUUGUUCUGCCCCCACUCACUGACCAGACGGGUACCCAGCUGAUCUUCACUGCUGCCAAGGAGCUCAGCCAUCUUUCCAAACUCAAGGACCACAUGGUGCGAGAGGAAACACGGAGCCUCACUCCAAAGCAGUGUGCUGUUCUUGACCUCACCCUGGACACCAUCAAGCAAUACUUCCAUGCAGGAGGCAAUGGGCUUAAGAAAACCUUCUUGGAGAAGAGUCCAGAUCUGCAGUCCCUACGCUAUGCCCUGUCUCUGUACACGCAAACCACAGACACCCUCAUCAAGACCUUUGUGCACUCACAGACUGCCCAGGGUUCUGGUGUGGAUGAUCCUGUGGGAGAAGUCUCUAUUCAAGUGGACUUGUUUACACACCCUGGUACUGGGGAGCACAAGGUCACAGUGAAAGUGGUGGCUGCCAAUGACCUCAAGUGGCAGACAGCAGGUAUGUUCCGGCCCUUUGUGGAAGUGACCAUGGUUGGCCCACACCAAAGUGAUAAGAAGAGGAAGUUUGCAACCAAGUCCAAAAGCAACAACUGGGCCCCCAAGUACAAUGAGACAUUUCAUUUCCUCCUGGGAAAUGAAGAGGGACCAGAGGCCUAUGAGUUGCAGAUAUGCGUGAAGGAUUACUGCUUUGCCCGGGAGGAUCGCAUGCUGGGGCUGGCUGUGAUGCCUCUGAGGGAUGUGGCAGCCAAGGGCAGCUGUGCCUGCUGGUGUCCCUUGGGCCGGAAGAUCCACAUGGAUGAGACAGGCAUGACUGUUCUCCGGAUUCUGUCUCAGAGGAGCAAUGACGAGGUGGCCCGAGAAUUUGUGAAGCUCAAAACAGAGUCUCGUUCUGUGGAGGAGGGGAGCUGA